AUGAUGAAUUCAGCAGCAUCAUCAUCUCCAACUUUAUUUGAAAAGUUUUGGAAACAGUAUUUUGAGGAGGUUCCUGAAGUAGUGGCCUUCGGAGUCUAUCCCUUUGUCGUUCAAUUACUUUCGUAUUGGUUGAUCAAUUUGCCGUUUAUUGUGUAUCAAUAUGGAAAGGUGGAACAACAACAAAAAUCAAGACAACAACAUCAAUCCUCAGCAACCUCGUCACCAUUGACAGAUUCUUCCGAAGUUGAAAAAGAGAACUCCUCUCCCAAGGGCACGUCGUUUUUUGCAAAUAGUUUGAUUCAAAAAUAUGUUUCCUUUUUAGAUCAUUAUCUCAUCAAUCCAGAUCAUGCUCCCAUUGAUUCUGAAUUCUUUUCAAGAAUUUUAUGGCAUGUUACGAAAUUACAUUUUCUGGUGGCCCUUCCAUUGAGUGUUAUCAUGUCACUUGUUGCUGAACCAGUGUUUGACAGAAGUUAUGAAUCCUUAGCAUCAACCUCUCUUUUCAGUGUCUUGUUUCAUUUUCUAGUUUUCAUUAUUUGUGACGAGGUGUUGUUUUUUAUCUUGCAUUAUGCCUUUCACAAAGUUUCCUUCCUUUACAAACAUAUUCAUUAUUUUCAUCAUGAAUUGAGAUAUACCGUGAGUGUGGGUUGUGAGUACGCUCAUCCAUUGGAAUUUUUGUUUGGAAAUAUCGUUCCAGUGUUGUUGGGACCCUUCUUGAUGAGAACUCAUUUGAUUUGGUAUUUGGUGUGGAUUGCCUACAAGUUGUUAGAAACCAGUUAUGUACACUCUGGUUUUGAUUUCAAAUUGUUUGGCUAUUUGCAAUUUGGAACGAAUGAACACGCAUAUCAUCAUAGUCACUAUCAAGAUGCAUAUGGAUCUUGGUAUGGAUUUAUGGACAUGAUGUUUGGAACCAUGAAUCACUUUAAGGAAUACUCAAAAAAGAAAAAGCUCAAAUAG